GUAUUAUGACUUGAAAUUUUCCCGACUUACUACCUCUCCUAACCCCCCCCCCCCCCUCUCCCCCCCAAACACCGUCAUCGCCGCCGUUUCUGUCAUUCUUUCCCCGAUUUUUGUUUGCCGUGCGUGCUCCUCGACGGCCUACCAUUCCUUUCUUCUCUCUUUCACAUUCGACACCCCCGGGUAUUUCUGAACGGCAUUUUUUUCUCCGAAUCAACAACCGCCGCGAGCCCCUCUGACUUGGGUUGGCCAUCGUCUCUCGGCGAAGUUGCCUCUUCGACCAUGUCCGAACGAGUUUUUGGCGUCACGCCACCCAUCUCGACAGCACUCCCGACCGAGGCUGAAAAACGAUCGAAUGAGGCGCUAUUUAGGGAACUAAAGUCGCAGGGCACGUUUGAGACGCCGGCCGGCGUCGAGAAGAGACAGCGUAUCCUCAGGUCCCUCGAGGAGAUCACUAACGAGUUUGUCAGAAGGGCAGCGCGCGAAAAGGAGCCGAAAAAUUCAAUCCUCAUCCGCGAUGCUCAUGGCAGGGUCUUCACAUAUGGUAGCUAUCGUCUGGGAGUGUACGGGCCUGGGACCGAUAUCGACACCCUUGUUGUUGCUCCGAAAUACGUCACGGUCGAUCAGUAUUUCGCCAUAUUUCCGGGUCUGCUUGUCGAGAUGGCUCCUCCAGGCGCCAUUACCGACUUGACCCCAGUACCCGAGGCAUUUGUGCCAAUUAUCAAGUUUGAGUACUCUGGUAUCAGCAUCGACCUCAUAUUUUGCUCCAUCCAGACGCUCAAACAGCUGCCAACCGAGAAGGAUUGGACUUUGCAGGACAACAGUCUCCUGCGCGGCCUAAGCGAGAACGAAGUGCGGUCGCUCAACGGCACCAGGGUCACGGACGAAAUUCUUAACCUAGUUCCUGAACCAGCCACGUUCAAGUUGGCUCUCCGAGCCAUAAAGCUUUGGGCGCAGCGGAAAGCCAUCUACGCCAACAUCAUGGGAUACCCGGGAGGAGUCGCGUGGGCCAUGCUCGUGGCCAGGGUCUGCCAGCUAUACCCAAAGGCCACCAGUGCGUUAAUCGUGAACAAGUUCUUCAACAUCAUGUUCAAGUGGCCGUGGCCGCUUCCUGUUCUCUUGAAGGACAUUGAGUACGGCCUCUCAGUCACCCGUAUGGCGGUGUGGAAUCCAAAGCUCUAUCAGUGGGACAGAAACCACAGGAUGCCGAUCAUCACGCCUGCCUACCCGUCCAUGUGUGCAACCCACAAUAUUGGCAAGUCGUCCAUGGCUGUGAUCCAGCAAGAGUUGUCCCGGGGGGUUCAAGUCACAGAGGAGAUAAUGGUUGGGAGAAGACCCUGGAAGGAUCUCUUCUCGAAGCAUUCUUUCUUUACGACAGGGUUUAGGUAUUACCUGACGGUCAUCUCGUCGAGCAGGACCAAGGAGGCUCAGAAUGCUUGGUCAGGAUAUGUUGAGUCGAGAGUGCGAAUGCUUGUACAGAAGCUCGAGAUGCACCCAUCCAUCGGCCUUGCCCGGCCAUUCAACAAAGGUUACGACAGAGUGCAUAUGUGCAAGAACGACAGCGAAAUCGAAGAGGUGCAAAUCGGCAGUCUCAAAUAUUUAGCCAAGCCGACCGACGAGGCAGGGACCGAGGACACCAAGGCCGAAGUUAAACCCGAAACUAAACCCGAAAUCAAGACCGAGGACGGCACCUCGCCGCCUGUCAAGAUGGAGGGCGUGGAAAAGAUGGAAAAUGGCGUUGGAGUGAAGAGGGAGCAAGAUGAGGCCCCGGUGAAACUUGAGGACCUGCCUAAGCAUGCCCCCGAAGUAAAGAUUUUUACCACUAACCAUUACAUCGGCUUACAGCUAGCGGAAGGGGCGAAAUCUCUAGAUCUGUCGAGGGAGGUCAAUGACUUCAAGGCCAUGUGCACAUCCAACGAGGCAUUUGACAAGAAUCUGAACUUUCUGACAAUUCAGCAUGUCAAGAAUGUAGACCUGCCCGACGAUGUGUUCGAGCCCAGCGAAGUCAAGCCAUCCAAACCCAUUAAGAAGAAGCGAAUGGCAGAGGAGGAGCCCCCGAAGCCGGCGGCGAAGCGCCAGCAGACGGCAACGGCCGCAGGCUAGUAGCGGGCAGAGGGAACUACGUCUGCUAUAUAUUCCCCCCUGGGCUUCUUUCUCAACUGUGUAACUACAUAGAGUUGUUAGAGUAAUGAAAAUUAAAUUCUGUGGCGUAA